UUGUAGUUAAUAUAAUAAGCUGGCAAAUAAAAUGUGGGAUAAAAAGAAACACAAAAAUUAGGAAACCUUGGAUAAGUUAAUUUCCUUUUUUUUGUAGGAAGAUAAGUCGUUAAUUCCUUUUCUAAUUGUAUUUCCUUUUUAUGAUAGGUUUCGAUAGUAGAUAAUGCAACCAGCUUCACCUAUAAAUAUGUAUGGUCGAUCACGAGAGCAUAAUACAUUAUUACUCAUAUAGCAAGAACCGGAGGAAGUAAAAAAUUAAACUUUUUCUCUUCUUCUUUUUUUCCCUGCGUCUCUCCUUGGUUCCCAAGCAACAAUAGUUUAGAGAAGAUGAAUGCUGAAGAGAUGCAGAGUAAGAUCACUGGUUAUGAACAGAGGAUCAAUGAUUAUGAACGUAAGAGGGUUCGUUACGAACGGACGAUUGGGCGUCUCCAAGAUGACCUUUUAGAUAGGGAUAACGAGAUUCUAAGAGCAAAAUUCACCGUGGUGCAGGCGUUGCCAGAACUAAACCCUCCAGAUCUUGAUCCAGUUCUUGACCUACAAAGAGUCCCGGGAUACCUAGAUAUACGGAUCUUUGAAAGGGCGUGCCUUGACGCGAGCCUCAGGGAUCCAAGUAGUGAUUCGGAUGAUCAAAAGAGGAAAGACGAAGCAGUCUUCGAUGCUGGUUCUCUGCGCUCUCUAUGGAGAGAAAGAAUCUAUGGGGGUUGGAUGCUUUACAUCGUUCAGGAAGGAAUCGGCGACAUUCAGAUGGAGAGGCCAGAAAUUUUGGACGUUAAAGAAAAAUAUGGUCUGGAGCUCUACAAUACUAUCAAGAAAGCAUGGUUCGAGUACCAAGAACGUCGGAGAACAGGGGUCGUUUUCAAGCCGUGGAACUAUGAUGCUGGAAGGGAGCAAACAUUAACAGAGUUACUUGUUCCACUUGCAGGGACGAUCGAUAAUCUGAGAGAAUUAAACCCGCCGCAAUGAAGGACAAUAAUAAUAUUAAAGUGAUUCUCUUUCGAGAGACUACGUUUUUUAGCCCUAUAUUAAUUAUCAGUGUUACUUUCUAAUGCUUCCUUAGAAUAUAGAAUAAUAUUUAUUUGCUGUCAAGGCUCAUGUUUUAUUUUGGACUGCAAUAUUUUGUUUAAUUUGAUUGAUUCU